AGUGGUAUUGCAUUGCAUCUUCUUGUGAGCAGCUGAUUCUCUUGUCUGUUACACCACGGGACUACCUGAUGCUUGUUCAUCUAUCUUGGCUUCAAAGUAACAUUCCCCUGAACUUCUUCUCAUAGUGAUCACUGCUCAGUCAGGAAGUAAACGACAAUGACAAGAUGCACUGCGUGCACCCGUAAGAACUCUAUAGUGAUGAUAGAUGACUCCACUCCUUGCACUGACAAGCUAGUGAUCAGCUAUGGUUUCGCGAGGUUCAUGGAGACGGACGAACCUGCGGCGCCGCAACGUUCCGCGCUCGUGCACCCGGACGCCGUCGCCGUUCACAUCCCGUCGAGCCUCUCCGCCGAGGAGCCGGUCUUCAGAGAGCGACACGGUGACAUGAUCGCCGCCGCCAUGGCCGCAGCGUCCCCGGGGUACUCGCCGUCGUUCCCGGCCGCGCGGCAGGUGUCGAUCAGCCUGCCGGCGUCGCCGACCGGGUUCGGCGCCUCCAGGACGGAGGCGGAGCUGGAGCGGCACGCCAUAACGGACGCGCCGCGGCGGAUGAUGGUGCCCCCUCGCGCCCCGGUGGCCGUGGCGCUGGCGCAGCCUGACAAGGUGGUGUUCCGGUCCCAGCCGAUCCCCGCGGCGCCGCCGAGUGCGAAGGGCGCCGCCCAGGGGCACGAAGACCCGAGCCGGAGCGCGCCGCACGGGGCGAGGUCCAAGGCGCGCCGGGACAAGAGCUACGACUCGUUCAAGACGUGGUCCGGUAAGCUGGAGAAGCAGAUCACCACGCACCUCCUGGGCGGGCGGCCGCCGGCACCGCAGCCGCAGGAGGAGGAGGAGCCCGAGGAAGACGACGCGGCGAGCAACCGCCGGCUCUCGUCCUCCAUGCCCCAAGUGCAGCGCUUCUUCGCGGCGCUGGAAGGCCCCGAGCUCGACAAGCUGCGGUCCUCGGAGGAGCUGAUCCUGCCGUCCGACAAGACGUGGCCGUUCCUGCUCCGGUUCCCGGUGUCGGCGUUCGGCAUGUGCAUGGGGAUGAGCAGCCAGGCCAUCCUGUGGAAGCGGAUCGCCAUCUCGGCGUCGACGCGGUUCCUGCACAUCACCGUCAAGAUCAACCUGGUGCUCUGGUGCGUCUCGGUGGCGCUCAUGGUCGCGGUGUCGGCGCUCUACGCCUGCAAGGUGGUGUUCUACUUCGAGGCGGUGCGGCGCGAGUACUACCACCCGAUCCGCGUCAACUUCUUCUUCGCGCCGUGGAUCGCGUGCCUGUUCCUGGCCAUCGGCGUGCCGGACCUGGUGGCGGCCAGCCUCCCGCACUGGCUCUGGUACGUGCUCAUGGCGCCCAUCGUGUGCCUGGAGCUCAAGAUCUACGGGCAGUGGAUCUCCGGCGGGCAGCGGCGGCUCUCGCGGGUGGCCAACCCUUCCAACCACCUCUCCAUCGUCGGCAACUUCGUGGGCGCGCUGCUGGGCGGCAUCAUGGGCCUCAAGGAGGGCCCGAUGUUCUUCUUCUCCGUCGGGCUGGCGCACUACAUGGUGCUGUUCGUGACGCUGUACCAGCGGCUGCCGACGAGCGAGACGCUGCCCCGGGACCUCCACCCGGUCUUCUUCCUCUUUGUGGCGGCGCCCAGCGUGGCGUGCCUGGCGUGGGCGAGGAUCACCGGCGAGUUCGGCUACGGGUCCCGGGUCGCCUACUUCAUCGCCAUGUUCCUCUACGCGUCGCUCGCCGUGCGGGUGAACCUGUUCCGGGGGUUCGGCUUCUCGCUGGCGUGGUGGGCCUACACGUUCCCGAUGACGAGCGCGGCGAUCGCGUCCAUCCGCUACGCGUCGGAGGUGAAGAACGCCUUCACGCAGUGCAUGUGCAUCGGCCUGACGGCGGCCGCGACGCUGACCGUGACGGCGCUCUUCCUGACGACGCUGCUGCACGCGGUGGUGCACCGCGACCUCUUCCCCAACGACAUCUCCAUCGCCAUCACGGAGCGCCGGCGCAAGCCCAUCUUCGCGGAGGAGAUGAGGCCGAGCAAGCGCCGCGGCGGCGGGACGAAGCAGCAGCAGGCGGCGCUCGACACCGCCGCCGCGACGUCGUACACGUAGCUAUAGACCGGGGCGGCUGAACCCGCCGGGCAACCGCGAGCAUGACAGUGAUACGCAUUGAUACGUACGGUGGAUCGUCGUCGUCCUAGCUCUCGGACGCGUCUGCUUGGUAAGAUGCCGUGGGGGGGCUGUGCGCUCGGCAGAGCCACUAGUGUGAGAUGCGUGGCUGGAUUGGAUGAUGAGGUAUGGACUCACGCGCACUCUUUGUAUGUACACCGUGUAUCACAGAGGAAGAUAUACUAUAGCGCUUUAAUCUCCGCAUGAGUACACAGUUCA